GCUGAUCACAAGAAGAUGUUGCUGUGGCUCGUUCUGGUUUUGUCAGCCCCGGUUUCUUCUACAAAUGCAGAUCCUGACAUCUCGGUGGGAAUUUGCAAUGUUUGCUCGUGUGUGUCGGUUGAGAAUGUACUGUAUGUCAAUUGCGAGAAGGUUGCAGUCUACCGACCAAAUCAGCUCAAACCACCUUGGUCUAAUUUUUACCAUCUUAAUUUUCAGAACAACCUCCUGAUUAUUCUAUAUCCAAAUACAUUUCUUAAUUUUACACAUGCAGUGUCCCUGCAACUGGGUAACAAUAAAUUGCAGAACAUUGAGGGAGGAGCAUUCCUUGGGCUCAGUGCAUUAAAACAGUUGCACUUGAACAACAAUGAAUUAAAGAUUCUCCGAGCUGACACUUUCCUUGGCAUAGAGAACUUGGAGUAUCUCCAAGCUGACUACAAUUUAAUCAAGUAUAUUGAACGGGGAGCCUUCAAUAAGCUUCACAAGCUGAAAGUCCUCAUCCUUAAUGACAAUCUGAUUUCGUUCCUGCCUGAUAAUAUUUUUCGAUUCGCUUCUCUAACCCAUCUGGAUAUACGAGGGAAUCGAAUACAGAAGCUUCCCUACAUUGGAGUUCUGGAACACAUUGGUCGAGUUGUCGAACUGCAGCUGGAAGAUAACCCUUGGAAUUGUACCUGUGAUUUGUUGCCUUUGAAAGCCUGGCUGGAGAAUAUGCCCUAUAACAUUUACAUUGGAGAAGCUAUCUGUGAAACGCCCAGCGACUUGUAUGGAAGGCUUUUAAAGGAAACCAAUAAGCAAGAAUUAUGCUCCAUGGGGACUGGGAGUGAUUUUGAUGUGCGCAUUCUGCCUCCAUCCCAGUUGGAGCCUGGUUACAGCACGCCUAAUGGCCACACUACGCAAACGUCAAUGCACAGAUUAGUCACAAAGCCUCCGAAAACUACAAAUCCUUCCAAGAUCUCGGGGAUAGUAGCAGGAAAAGCGCUCUCUAAUCGCAAUCUCAGUCAAAUUGUGUCUUACCAGACCAGGGUUCCUCCUCUAACUCCUUGCCCAAGCCCAUGUGUCUGCAAAACUCAUCCUUCUGAUUUGGGAUUAAGUGUAAACUGCCAAGAAAGAAAUAUAGAAUCAUUGGCCGAACUCGUACCAAAACCUUUCAGUGCCAAGAAACUGCAUGUAAAUGGCAAUUAUAUUAAGGAUGUGGACACCUCAGAUUUCAUUGACUUUGAAGGGCUGGAUUUACUACAUUUAGGCAGCAAUCAGAUUGCAGUAAUCAAAGGGGCGGUUUUCCGCAACCUUACAAAUUUACGGAGAUUGUAUCUUAAUGGCAAUCAGAUAGAGCGGCUGAGUCCAGAAAUAUUUGCUGGCCUCCACAAUUUGCAAUAUCUGUAUUUGGAAUACAACGUUAUCAAAGAAAUUUUAGCAGGCACCUUUGACUUAAUGCCAAAUUUGCAGUUGCUCUAUUUGAACAACAAUCUUCUUAGAAGUCUGCCGGCUUACAUUUUUGCUGGUGCUCCACUGGCUAGACUGAAUCUGAGGAACAAUCAUUUCAUGUAUCUACCUGUAAGUGGCGUUCUUGAUCAGCUAAAAUCUCUUACACAAAUUGAUUUGGAAGGUAAUCCGUGGGACUGCACUUGUGAUUUAGUUGCUUUAAAGCUAUGGCUGGAAAAACUAAAUGAAGGUAUUGUGGUGAAGGAAUUAAAAUGUGAAACACCUGUUCAGUUUGCUAACAUUGAACUGAAGUCUCUCAAAAAUGAGAUCUUAUGUCCUAAACUUUUAAACAAGCCAUCUGCUCUGUUCACUAGUCCUGUGCCUGCUGUCACUUUUACUACACCGUUGGGUCCAAUUCGAAGUCCUCCUGGUGGCCCAGUUCCAUUGUCCAUCCUAAUCUUAAGCAUACUAGUUGUACUUAUUUUAACAGUGUUUGUUGCUUUUUGCCUUCUUGUCUUUGUGCUUCGGCGCAACAAGAAACCAACAGUAAAGCACGAAGGAAUUGGGAACCAAGAGUGCAGUUCCAUGCAACUGCAGCUAAGAAAGCACGACCACAAAUCAAACAAAAAAGAUGGACUGGGCGCAGAGGCCUUCAUUCCUCAAACCAUUGAGCAGAUGAGCAAAAGUCACACUUGUGGCUUAAAAGAAUCCGAAACAGGCUUCACAUUUGCUGAUCCACAAGGGCAAAAAGUCAUUCUGAGAAAUAUUACCGACAAGGAAAAGGAUUUAUUGCAUAUGGAUGCCAGAAAAAGACUGAGCACAAUUGAUGAACUGGAUGAGUUGUUUCCUGGGAGGGAUUCCAAUGUAUUUAUUCAGAAUUUUCUUGAAAGUAAAAAAGAAUACAACAGCAUAGGGGUCAGUGGCUUUGAAAUACGUUAUCCAGAGAAACAACAAGACAAAAAAAUCAAGAAGUCAUUAAUAGGUGGUAAUCAUAGUAAAAUUGUAGUAGAGCAAAGAAAGAGUGAAUAUUUUGAACUGAAAGCUAAACUUCAAGGUUCACCUGACUACCUACAAGUCCUUGAAGAACAAACAGCUUUGAAUAAAAUAUAAGUCAUGCAAACUUAUUUCUUACAGAGGACAUCUAUUUAAUGAUAAAAGUGCCUUUUGUUGACUUUUAACUUCCGAAUACUAUAUUAUAUUGGUAGGCAUAGAGGCAGGUAUAUCCAAGGGUAUCUGUCUGUAGCUGCAUAUGAUUUGUCAAGUAGAGGAGAAUUUCCUUAAUAGAUUUUACUACAUAAAGCUGAUACCCUCUGGAAUCCUGUAGGGAUACUGCAAACUCUAUUGCCAAAGGGAUGCUUUAGACACAUAUUACACUGAAUUUAACCUCAAAAGGCAUAUAUGUUUUGUACCUUAAAUGCAAAACCUUUGUCUCCUUGUGAUUUGUAAGAGCAAACACAAGAAAACUGGUACCAGUGUUUGUACCUCAGCUGGGUCCUUCAUCUUGCACGUGGAUUAAGUUGGUGGAACUGGAGUAAUCCUUUGAUUUGUGGUGUUGUAACGGCACUGUUUAAAGAUUAUCUGAAAAGUAAAAAGCAUGCAAAGAGAGAACAUUCAAUAGUAUGUGUAAAUCGGUUACAUUUAUGGCCUGCAUCUUGAAACCACUGGAUUUAUAAUGUUAAAUUGUGCAAAUAUUUGUUUAAAAUAUACCAUGCAUAAAUACCUAUAAAAUAAAUUUGACCCUUGAAGUAUACCUGUCUAUACAUAAAAUUUAAAAAAAAAAGAAAAGAAAAAAAAAGUGUAACCUGACUUCUGCAGCAUUUGUAGUGAUAUGAAGAAAAUACUUGAUGUUCAUGCAGACUCUUAUGUAAGACUCAAAUUCAAUUAAGACUAGAGUUCCUUCUCAGUUAUGUGAAACUCCUCCAACCCCAAAAGGUUGACCAGACUUUUCAAAGUGCUUACUGUGUGAGCGUAGCAGAAAUUAUUUUUGUAAGAUAAUUCAUAUUUAUGAAAUACUUUGUAUACUAAAUAGGAAAAUAUGUACUCCGUAAUAUGUAUUUAAUA